AUUGACCUUCAUGUUGUGUCUCACUCUUGCAGUCUGAAGAAGGUGCUUCUGGGUGUGCAUUCUAUCAGUGCUGAUGAAAAACAAGAAAGGCAGAUAAGAAAAGUUGCAAAGUAUUAUCCUCAUCCAUGCUACAAUAAAACAGAAAAGAUCAAUGACCUCAUGUUGCUCAAGCUUGACAAACCAGUGAAGCGAACAAACACGGUGGACUAUUUCAACUUGAAAACUGCAGCCAAAGAACCUGAAGAUGGCACCAAGUGUACAGUGGCUGGAUGGGGUGAAACAAAGCCUAAUCUUAAAAAAAUGUCUGAGGUCUUGAUGGCAGUCAAUGUGACUGUGAUCAACAGGAUGAAAUGUAACUCUCCUUCCUAUUAUGACUUUAACCCCAUCAUUAACAAGGACAUGAUUUGUGCUGGUUCAAAUGGCAAAGACAAGGCUGAUAGCUGUAGGGGAGAUUCAGGAGGUCCACUGUUGUGUGACGGACAGCUUGUAGGAGUAACUUCUUUCGGAGGUGGCUGUGGCAUUAUUAAGAAGCCAGGAGUUUACACUUUCCUCUCUGCGAAAUACAUCUUCUGGAUCAAAAAGACAAUGAAGAAGUCUGACUAAUCUACUAUUGUGGAAUCAUUUGUCUCUCCAUCAUAUGACAUUUUGGAGUCAGUAUAUCAAUGACUCAAACUUUUCCUGUAGUACAACACAUUUGUUGUGUUUUCUCAAUCCUGACUAUUUGAAAUAAAUUGAACGAA